GUGGAAGCAAGUGUUGUAAGGGUAGCCAAGGCCUAGUGGUGACCUGGGUAAGGGACAGGGGGAACACAUCAUCUCCAACUAUCACGUAAGGCUCUGGGAGGACUCUCCAGGGCUUUGAGAUUGGGCGCCAGAAAGCCAAAUCUUUCCGAGCUGUGGAUUUAGAAGGCUGGUGUCUUGGGACGGGAACUGCAGGAAGGGCUCUAUCAGACCUGUUGAGCCAAUAUGAACAGCACACACGUGAGUACUGGGUCCACCAAAGCUGGCUGAAGGAAGCCCUUGCAAGAGAGGGCCAGAAGGACAGGAAGGAAGGGGUGCUGGGGUCACUCCUGUGGCUCAGAUUGGAGCUCUGUGGGGCAGCAUUAAGUGUACUUUUAGUAUAGGGUGGGGACUGAGGGCCACAUAAGGCCCACAAAAUCAUCAAUACCAGCUAACAUUACACAUCUCACCCCAAAGAAGCCGUUCCAGCCAUCACAUUAGGGGCGAGGUGAUUAAAUGUUGGACCCAUGUGGCCCGAGAAUGAGGUUAUAAAAUUCCAGCUGGCCUUUGGCAGACAAAAGGUUUCCCCCACCCCUGUUUUAGAACCUUAAAAACCAAAAGCCCAAGGCCAUUGAACCAGUUCCAUCUUGGAGACCAUUAUAGAGUUUAUGAACCUGUCUUUCUGGGAGCAGACAGCACCAUCUUACUCUCAAGGAGUGACUAGGGGGUUUGAACCCCCAACCCUGUGGUUAGCAGUCCAAUGCUAACCAAAAGGGGCUCCUUUGUAGGGCUUGUUAGAUCUUUGAGUGAAGGUAUUUGCAAGCCUGGUGGCCACUUGACAAAAGAGUGACAGGAGGGAGGUGAAAUUGCUGCACUCCCAAGUCAAGACCGAGAGGAAGGGUUGGCGAUUCCCUUUGAGGUGCCCCCUAGGUGAGGGCCAGUACCAGGUGAAGGCAAACAUCUAUUCUGACCACCUGCUACUUCCCCCUUGUCUCUCAGGCCCAGCCCCUCCCUCACUGUCCCUCAGGGAGGCCCUCAGACCUCAGCAUUCUCAGUCUGGGGAGGGCCUUAGCCUGAGCGGGCAAGCAACCCUGGUCCCCAAACCGGUUUUCCCACCUCUGCUUGGGGGCUGACACAUGACUCCUGUGCUUCCUUAUCCUCCCUCCUGCCCAACAGCGCUCUGCAGUUCCUCCUCUCCCCACCCUGGAAAGUUAACCGUCCAGGUCUUGUGUCCCUUGCCUGCCAUGGGCAUGUUGUCUUAGAAAAGCAAGGCCAUCGUGCAGGACAGUAAAGACAAGAAGGGUGGGUGACUGUCAUAACCUUUUUCACUUGUGACACUUGAGUGGCCUUCAUAUCUUCAAGCCUUCCAAACUAAACGGUUACAGACUACAGAGAACAAUUGGGGUUCCCUUUGUUACCACCACCAAUCAUUGGGAGCCUGGGGGAGCCUAAUGCAGCCCAAUCUAGCCUCUGACCUGCCCUGGAGCUGUGGUUGUCUCAAACCCACGUCUCCCACCUCAAAUACCAACACAGCCACUUCCUUAUGUUUCCUGCCAACCAGAACUUCUUUUGUGUUGGAACUGAAAUGACCUCAAUGGUCAUGCCACCCGAUGUUAACAGGUCCAUGGCUAUGUGCCAGGCACGGUAUGAAACAUUUUAAUGGAUUUGCUCGCAAAGCCCCAGGAGAAAACAAGCACAGAGAGAUGUAGUCACAUGCCCAAAGCCACACAGGAAAUCUGGUGGAAGCAGGUUUUCGCUCCCACAAGCUGGUUCUAGAACUGCUGUGCUCAAUUUCUCCUCCCAGGCAUCGUAUUCCUAACUUCAGAGUAGGGCUAUUUUGAAAUGGAACAGAUUGACUCCAAAUCCAUUUGAACCCAUUUCUAGUCCGCAAAGGGAGGGGUGCACAAUUAUAUACAGGAGUUCUUGAAACUCCUCAACCUUUAGCCAACCUCCAGUCUUGCCCAUACAAACAAAUGCCAGCCUCUGAAAUGCUACACUUCUUUGUAGAAGCUUUUUAUCACUCUGUGGGGACCAAUAGGUGAGAACCAUUCCCAUUUCACAAAGGAGGAACAAGAGUAAGGAGUUAAGUACCCCAGGCACUAGCUUUAAAUUCCUCUGGAAGUUUGAUGGAUGGAAAAUAGCCCAUCAAGAACAUUGCCAUGGGAGGGGUGUAGUGACACCCUAUAGAGCUUUAGUGGCGUGGGGUACCCAGCAAGAAGGCAUGAUCAGCCAGAGUCCAUUUGGAUAGAUCAGUAACCGUUUACACACACACAUCCCCCACGCCUCCCAACCCAGAAAAAGCUGACACAUCUGGCUAUGAAGCUGUGUUCUCUUGACCCGGAACAGGAUCCCAGCCCUGGGGUCCUUAGGGCCUUGUAGGCGUUGGCAGGUCGCAGAGUGGGCCAGUGACUGGUCACCACAGGGUGGCUUGGGCGGAGAGGGGAGGCCUUCUUGAGGAGAGGGAGACAAGGACCCAAGGGCUUUGGGACCUGGGAGGAAGUGAACCCACUGCCUCCUAGUCCGUUCAGCCCGUAGCGUCGCUAUAAGAUACAGUAGAACUGCCCCAGCGGGUAUCGAGCCUGUAAAUCUCUCCGGAAACAGAAAGUCUCAUCUCUUCCGCAGAGCAGCUAGUGAAUUCCAACUGCUAACAGCAACGAGCGGCCCGAUUCCUAACCCAUUGCACCACCGGGGCGCAGUAAAAACUGCAACUCCCAGAAGCCUCUGCUCCCUGGCGACUUGGGUAGUUGCUAUGGUUUCUUAAAACAAUAUGGCCGCUCCCAGCUGGGACUCCAGUCGCGGAGACCGGGUGCCGGCGGCGGCCGAGGAAGCGAGCGUCUGAAGGGUGGUGAGGCUGAGGCCGGCUGCGGCAGGGCUGGCGCAGCCUGGCUCCUCCGGCGUGCCGAUGGAGGAGGGCGGUGUGGACGAGGAGACCCUGCACCAGCUGUACCUGUGGGUCGACAGCAUCCCACUCUCCAGGCCCAAGCGAAACCUUUCCCGGGACUUCAGCGACGGAGUCCUGGUAGCAGAGGUUGUCAAGUUUUAUUUUCCCAAGAUGGUGGAGAUGCACAAUUAUGUCCCGGCCAACUCUCUCCAGCAGAAGCUCAGCAACUGGGUUCACCUGAACAGAAAGGUGCUGAAUAAGCUGAACUUCUCGGUUCCUGAGGACGUGAUGCGUAAGAUAGCACAGUGCACCCCGGGCGUGGUGGAGCUGGUGCUCCUCCCCCUGCGGCAGCGCUUGGAGGAAAGACAGAGGCGCCGGAAGCAGGGCUUGGGCUCCUUACAGGAGCUGGCUCCCCAGGAUGGCAGUGGCUACAUGGAUGUGGGUUUGCCCCAGAAGGCCCGAGGAGAAGGUGCCCCAGAACCACAAGGAGGAGGUCUGACCAAGGGGGACCGGCUGCCUGCGCCGCGGCCUCUGGGGUACAGCCAGGUGCUGCAGGGCGACCCAAGCUUCGUCCUUCAGAUCGCUGAAAAGGAGCAAGAGCUCCUGGCCUCUCAGGAGACGGUGCAGGUCCUGCAGAUGAAGGUGAGGCGCCUGGAACACCUGCUCCAACUCAAGAAUGUGCGCAUCGACGACCUCUCCCGGCGGCUCCAGCAGGCGCAGCGGAAGCAGCGGUGAGCGAGCGGCGGCCGCCCAACCCGCACGCCGAGGUGCCACGCCGGGGUACCGGAUGGAGUCAAAACACUAAGACACACCCACUCACCGACGGACAGAUGGACCGGGCAACUGGGUGGGCGGAGCCUGCCCUAGGUUGUGCGUGGGCGUGAGAGCCCCUGCUUCCUUAGGGUGGGGAGAGACCUGAUGGAAGCCCUUGGAGAUGCGUCCGUCCGGACUGAGCGACCUCCUUCCACUCCAUUCUGGGUCCGGAGAAGGGAUUGCUUUCCAGAACCCAGAAGCUGCAUGCAGAGACCCGGCAAGCCCCCCACCAAAGCUGUGCCCAAGGACUCCGGGGAUCUGGCUUUAGCACUCCCGCUGCUGAGGCUUGGGAGGCAGCCCUCCUGUUCUGUCCUCAUCCCCAGAACUGGGUCCUUGCAUGGUUCUGAGGACAUUAGAGGUUCCAUCCAGCCUGGUUCUCUGUGCUCUUGACCAUGGAGAGCUGAGCCUCUCCUAUACCCCUCGUGGGCACUCAGCUGGGACCCAACAGCAGAUGGAGACUGCAGUAGUUAGAGAGGAAGGGGUGAGGAGUGGGCUCCCCCAGGAAGGCCAAGGACCCUCCCUCCCUACCCACUAGGGCAUCCUUAGGAGUUUCUGGGGGAUGUGUAACCAGGCUGCCUUUAUUAAAGACGAUGUGCUUUCUUUCCUAAA